AAGUGGCAUAAACAGUGAUUACGGAUAUAUAUUGGUGCAAACAUUAGACGAAGCAGAGGUGGAUGAGACAAGUCUUGUCCUUAUUCCCAUCCCUCUUUUGUCCAAGGCAACAAUUUUGGUAUGUACAAAUUGAGCUUGUAAAGCCGUAAUGGAAGCUUGGAAAAUGCAAAGUCAAGACUAAUGUAUCAACUGUUAUUGUAAUAAGUUGAAGAGGUGCCGUCAAAUAUCGAUGGGCUUAACACAAAUUCUCCAAAUGGAGAAGGGUUAGAAAAAGAUAGGGAUAUGAGUAGAAGCAAUUUUUGCGGUGGAGGAGGAGGUGGCGUGCAAUUAGAAUAACAUGAUUGACAUGAAUCAAUGCAAGAAGAUCCAAGCCAAGCCAUAGUUUUUAGUGGCUCCCACUUUAAUUACGUAAAAAACUUUGAAACUAAGUAGAGAAAAUCAAUUUGAAAGAUUGAAUUGAAAUAAAUAAAGAAAAGAAAUAAUAAAAGAGAAAAGGUAAGCAGAGUUUAAUUGAGAAUAAAGGUGGUAGGAUGGUGGGGUAUGGUUGUCCAGUCUUUUUCAGAUUUUGAGUUGCAGAUGGAGGGAUUCUUGGAUUGGGCCCUUCUGUUUUUUGAAUUUUCAUUUUUCAUUUUAAUUUCCCUCCCUUCCCAAACCUUAUUAAUCAGUUAAAUUGAAAAAAAAAACAAAAAAAAACAAGCAGCAGCAGCAGUAGUGGUGAAAGUGAAACCUGAAUUCUAAAACCGGCCCCUUCUUUUCUUCAUUUUUUUCUUCUGUUUCUGUGUUCUAUAUCGGGGAUAAUCUCAUUUGGUAGAGUUUGAUUUUGAAGUUGAAGAUUUGGGUUUUAUUAAGAAAAAAUUGGAGAAGUUUUUGAAUUUGCAAAACGGAAGCAAACUCCACUUCUACUUACUUUCUCCUCCAUUUCUUUAAAAACUGUAAAUUUAGAGGAAAUCCAAGCAAGAAGAUUCAACAAUGAGACAAUCUCUCCAAUUAUUGUCUUCCCUUCGUUGGAAAUGGCUAAAAUAAUGAAAUGAAGAUGAGAUCUAAGGAUUUUCUUUUUAGAAAAAAAAUUGAAUGUUUGCUGUAGCCAUUGCUAGGGUAUUGUCUUCAGUUUCGUUUCCGCCAUGACUACCAAACGCGCGUACAAGCUACAGGAAUUUGUGGCACACUCUUCAAGUGUGAAUUGCCUGAAGAUUGGAAGAAAAUCGUCUAGGGUUCUUGUGACUGGAGGUGAAGAUCACAAGGUUAAUCUCUGGGCUAUUGGAAAACCCAACGCCAUACUGAGUUUGUCAGGACACACGAGUGGAAUAGAUUCAGUGAGCUUUGAUUCUUCAGAAGUCUUGGUAGCUGCAGGUGCUGCAAGUGGCACUAUCAAGCUUUGGGAUUUGGAGGAGGCAAAAAUUGUUCGGACUUUGACUGGUCAUAGAUCCAAUUGCAUCUCUGUGGACUUCCAUCCCUUUGGUGAGUUUUUUGCAUCUGGUUCUCUUGAUACAAAUCUCAAGGUGUGGGAUAUCAGAAAGAAAGGAUGUAUCCACACGUACAAGGGCCAUAAUCGAGGAGUCAAUGCAAUCAGGUUUACACCAGAUGGCCGAUGGGUUGUAUCUGGCGGCGAGGACAACAUUGUGAAGGUUUGGGAUUUGACUGCUGGAAAACUGUUGCAUGAUUUCAAGUCUCAUGAAGGCCAAAUUCAGGGCUUAGAUUUUCAUCCCAAUGAGUUUCUACUGGCUACAGGUUCAGCUGACCGGACUGUUAAAUUUUGGGACCUAGAAACCUUUGAGCUUAUUGGUUCAACUGGGCCUGAGACUACUGGAGUCCGUUGCUUGACCUUCAACCCUGAUGGGAGGACUGUACUCUGUGGAUUACAUGAAAGUCUGAAGGUUUUCUCAUGGGAACCAAUAAGAUGUCAUGAUAGUGUGGAUGUGGGGUGGUCUAGAUUGUCAGAUCUUACUGUUCAUGAAGGAAAGCUUCUUGGCUGCUCCUAUAAUCAAAGCUGUGUUGGCGUUUGGGUUGUGGACAUCUUGCGCAUAGAUCCUCAUGCUGUUCCUGAUGCUAAUUGUGUGAAUAGUCAUUCUGAGCCGAAAUCUAGUUCUGGUGGAAACCCUACUGUACUGAAUGAGAACACGACCAAAGCUAGUAUGGGAAGGUUAUCAGUUUCACAAAUUUCUGAUACUUUAGUGAAGGAAACGAAAUCCCUUGGGAGGUUAUCCAUUUCGCAAAACUCAGAUCCUGCUAAGGAGUCAAAAAAUUUGGCAUCCACAGGAAAUGUGCCUGAUACCCCUCAGAGAGUCAAUUUAAACACUGCUCCUAAGACAACUCAACUAAGUUCAGUAGCAGUUCCUAGUGGAGCAGCUCCAAAGAGGAGUUCCAUGAGGACUAGUUCAUUUGUCAAUGCUCCAAAUUUUAACAAGUUAGAUGUCAUACCUGUGAUUGUGCCUAGAAAUGAUAUGAGGUUGGAGCAGGCUGUUGAAUCAAGAAAAGAAGUUGGAAUAUCGGGGAGAAGUUUGGAACAGGCUGCCGAAUCUAGAAGAGAAGUUGGAAUAGCUGGGAGAAGUUUGGAGCCGAGCCAGCCAGCUGCUGAAUCUAGAAAAGAAACUGGACCAGCUGGGAGAACUUUGGAGCUAGGAACUGAUCCUAAAAAAGAACUGGGUAUUGUUGGAAGAACAAUGCCAUUUUCUUUGCAGUCAAAGACCUCUAGUUUUCGGAAAUUUCAAAAUAACAGAGAAGACAUGGAUCAGCCAGCUAUCUCUGCUCCUUCUGAAGGUGCAGGUUCAAAGGUGGAUGGAUUCAGCAGUGUUCUGGACAAGAUUAUAUUUCCUUCUGUCAAAGGCCCUAUGAAAGGAAUGCCUGUUGCUGAAAGGAAUACAAGAGAAGAUAUGUGUGUUGGCUCUGGUAAGAGUGAACCAAACUCAGUGGUGGAGUUGCCUCCAAACUACUGGGAUGAAAAUUAUUCACAAGUGAAAAGAACACAUAGAGAUGCAUAUCCUUUAGAAAGCCAAAAAGGAGGAAGAACACAUGUAGUCAUAAAUUUGGAGAAAAGAGGGAAGCCUUCAAAUUGUGAUAGACCUAAUUUUGGUAUAUCUCCAGGGAAUGCAUCUGUGUCAAAUAUGUCUUCAUUCAAUUCGUAUAAACAAAGAGGAUACCAUCCCUCUGUCGAAAUAGAAAUGCCUUCUGCCAGUGAUGAGGAUGCUGUUGCAGAUGUAAUGGAGCAGCAUGACCAAUUCAUUGGUUCCAUGCAGUCUCAUUUAGCCAAGUUACAGGUUGUUCAUCGCUACUGGGAAAGGAAUGACAUAAAGGGUGCAAUCAGUGCAAUGGAAAAGAUGGCUGAUCAUGCUGUGCUUGCUGAUGUCUUGAGCAUUGUCACUGAGAAAAUAGACACUGUCACAUUGGACAUUUGCACUUGUCUUCUGCCCCUCCUGUCUAGUCUCCUUGGAAGUGAGAUGGAUAGGCAUUUGUGCAUUUGUCUUGACGUGCUGCUUAAGCUGGUCAGAGUAUUUGGUCCAAUGAUAUAUUCAACAUUAUCUGCUUCAACACCUGUUGGUGUAGACAUCGAGGCGGAGCAAAGGUUUGAACGUUGCAACCUCUGCUUUGUAGAACUUGAAAAAGUAAAGCGAUGUCUCCCCUCAGUUACUAGAAGAGGGGGAUCGGUGGCAAAGUCUGCCCAGGAAUUGAAUCUAGCAUUUCAAGAAGUGUCAUAACCGAAACCAACACAUAGAAUCAUGAAUGCAUACACUGAGCUUAUUCCGUGUGCUUUUUAUGGAUUAAAAUCUUUUGCUGAUGUGGAGUGCAAGUUUUUAGCAUUUAAAAUGCAUGCCGGUGAAAGCAUCGACGACUACUUCCAUGCAUACUGUCAAGCCCUAAUGGUCCUUGUAAAUGGAGGCAUUUAAGCUGUAAGCUGAUUCUACUGCAUUGGCUGAAGGGCUAAUGGAGUUGUGUCACACUGCUACCGAUUGCUGCACAAUUUUUUUGAACUUCUAACCCAAUAAUAUGUUGCACAUCAAUUUGCACCUUUUUGGCUUGUAAUGCUUAACUGUGUACUAUAAUAUAAUAUAUAUAUACAUAUAUACACGUGUGUUAAAGCUGUUGAAAAACCUGAAAAUAGAGCAAUAUUUAGCUGCUUGUAUUGGAUUGGUGAAUUGGGGUUGUGUUGUUUGCAUGAUUCACUCUGUAAGAUUGAAAGAAAAUGAAAGACAAAGCUAAGCUAUUCAUUUC